AUGUCUGAAAAAUCGAGGGUAGAUAGUUAUACUACCCUGGUUUUUACCGAGGGGUUCUUUAUAUAUAGAAGAGUGGUUAAGAAGGGUAGACUACGCCUACUUCUUAUAGAUAACCAUCACUCCUAUAUAACAAUCAAGUUCAUUAAAUUUUAUAACCAGUAUUUUAUUAUCCCCUUCUUCUUUUUACCCUAUAUAACCUAUUUCUAUCAACCGCUAGACAAGGUCGCUAUUCUUAAAGCAGAAUUAAAAAAGGCUGGCAUCUCCAGAUCAAAUGCGGAAGCUAAGAAAAAUAGACGAUCGAUUCUUGGCACACGGGGCUUAGUACUAGCACCAACCUACGCAAAUAAGAAGAUAGUAGAUAGGCGAACGGCCGAUUCUAAAAAGUUGGAGCGGUUCCAGGCGAAACAUGCCAAGAAGUUAGAAGCUGAACAGCAAGCCCAAAAGGCUAGGGAUUUAGUUGAGGCUGAGCAUGAAGCUUCAAUGUUGGCAAGGAAUCCUAAUCAUGGAAAUUGGUAUAUGGAUAGUCAAGGUGGUUACUUGUAA